GUUUGCUAUGAAAUUAAUUUAUAGACAUUAAUAGAUAGAUCUUGAAAUUUAUAAUGGCCAGUGAAAAAGGCAAAGUUGCUAUCAUAGGCAGGUAAAAUAUAGAAAUUUCAUAAUAGAAAAUGUGAAUUUUUAUAGCAAUAUAUGUACACAUUUCAUAAAUAUUGAUUUGACUGAUGAUUGCAUAAUAUUUAGCAAUAUUUUAUUCCUACCAUAUUGUUGUGUUUUUAGUGGUUUGAUUGGCAAGUCUUGGUCAGUGGUGAGUAAAUAAAUUACUACAGAAGGUGCUUUCUCAAUAUAUGUACAAUCCUAUCCUAAACAGUCUGUGUCAGUGUUGGUAGCAAGAAAAACACUAGAGAUAUGGAUCUGCAAUGCUACCUUAACCCUGUAUAUUAAUUUAUGUAUAAUAGAUUUUGGUUGCUCGUAUAUCAAGAAAGUGCCCAAAAAACUCAAUCUCUCCCCCACAGAGGUGUAUAAACCCUGAAAUGUAAGACAUCCAGACAAGGUGUAAAUGUGUGCUGCGUUCGCAGGGUAUUAUUAGGUAUUGUUGAAGAAUAUUGUCCCAUGAUGCGGGUAUUAUUAGGUAUUGUUGAAGAAUAUUGUCCCAUGAUGCAGAUGAUAUAGGGCAGAUAGUCUGAUUAUAACUCAUUAAGUGGCAACACUCUCCUUGACGAGUAAAGUAAUUUGGCAUAUUAGACAGUAAAAUAAUAAAUUAGGGUGCAUUGCAGGGCACAUUAAUUAAAGCUGGUUAAAUAUUAACUUACAUUAGAUAACAGUUUCCUUCCUUAGUUGAUAAAUCAGUUAGUUGGUCAUUUGUUUGCAGAAUGCCUGAAUUAGUAUAUAGUUCAUGUUUCAAACACACAUUAGUCUAAAAAUGAAGUCAUUCCACUAUAGCUGUUCUGUCGAGCUGGAUACGAAGUGUAUUUAUAUGAUAUUGAUGAAAAACAAGUAUCAAAUGCCUUGUCUGGGAUUCUUGAAUCUUUACAAGAGUUAGAAGGCAAAGGAUUGCUAAAGAAUUCCAAAAUAACAUCUGCUCAAGAGGCUCAUAAAUUGGUUCAUGGCUGUAGUGAUAUUGCAGAAGCCAUUGAAGGAGCAAUUUACAUACAGGUUUGUAAAAUUAAUAUGAGUAUUCUUAUGUUCAACAUUGAUAUGUAAAAUUUCUAUCAAUCUUAAAAACACAAUUUUUGUUUUCUAAAGGAGAACACUCCUGAGAAUGUGGAUAUAAAAAAGAAAGUUUUUGUGAAUCUUGAUAAUCUUGUGAAGAAUGACGACACAAUUCUUGCAAGUUCUACAUCUUGUAUCGUACCUUCACGUUUCACAGAAACACUCAAGCAUCGCAAACAAUGUAUUGUGGCUCAUCCGGUAAGCUGAAAAUUUGAACUUAAUAUAGAUCUUUUUGAAAGUUAUUUUUAAUUAAGACAGUGUCUUUGGAUAUUCCAGACUGGAAACUUGUCUUUGAACUAAGUUGUUUCAUUGAAAUCAACUCCUGGCAAUUAAUAUUAUUAUUAUUGGCACAAUGCACUCCAAUACACUCUUGUAUUUUUACAAAAAUUAGAUGAGAAUUAAAUUGACAGAACGUUUCCUUGCUUUUCUGGGCUGCAAGAACUUGAAUACAUAAUUAGCGCAUGCCUCUAAUUUAUGCAUGAAUACUUGACUAAGUUGACUUGAUUUGCUGGUGGAGGUAAUCCAGUCAGUGCCUUUAGUUUAAUUUUGUCUCAGGCCAGAUGAUUGUACUUGUACAGGGAAAAGCUAGAAACAGUUUUUUCAAAACUUCAGGUGAAUCCUCCACAUUAUGUUCCGCUGGUUGAGAUAGUGCCGGCACCCUGGACUGAGAGCUCGGUUGUUGAAAGAACCAGAGCAAUUAUGAAAGAUAUUGGUCAGGCACCUGUCACAUUGAAUAAAGAAGUGAAUGGAUUUUUACUGAACAGAAUACAGUAUGCUAUUAUUAUGGAGGGAUGGCGAUUGGUUGAGGUAUGGUGUGUUCAUAUCUUGAUUAAAUUUUGGAACUGUUUUACUUCUGAGCGCCCUAGGCAGACUAGAAUAUCUGUGUAAACACUAGUGUGCCAAAACAGGGGUCAAUAUAGUAGAAUCAAAACUGUAAAGUUUUGAAAACAACAGCAGCUUGGCGUGUACGCACCUACGUACCUAUUUUUAUGUUUGUUUUGCAGGAUGGUGUAUGUUCUCCAGAGGAUGUGGACACGGUUAUGAGCAAAGGACUGGGAUUGAGAUACUCGUUCAUGGGACCAUUUGAAACAAUGCACAUGAACGCUGGAGGUCAGUGGGUCUCAAGACAUUUCAGGGCAGUAGGUGAUGGUCCAGAGAUCACUGUUGACACUCGUGGAGCUGGCAAAUGGGCAAUUCCAGCUAUUUGAAAUUCUGCUAUUUGAAAUCCCAGAACUUCGUUUUCAAAUGGCAGAACUCCCUUUUGAAAUGCCAAAACUCCGUUUUUAAAUCCCAGAACUCCGUUUUCAAAUGCCAGAUCUCCAUUUUCAAAUGCCAGAUCUCCAUUUUCAAGUGCCAGUCUCCAUUUUCAAAUGCCAGAUCUCCGGCAUUUUCAAAUGGCAGAAGUUACGGGCCUUAACAAAUUUUUGCACGGAUUUCAGGAAUUUUGGACUACUGUGAGAAAUAUGGCAGUAAUAUUGAGAAGAUAUGUGAAGAGCAAGGUGAAUCUAGACAGCUGCAUGAUUCAAACACUGCUCAGGUCGUUCAUGACGCCAUGUGUAACGCAAGUGUCCCUGUUGAGAAACUUGAAGAACGCAGAACGUGGAGAGACAAGCGCUUGGCAGCAUUAGCAGUACAUCAAGCUGGCCAGGAGGACUGAGAAUUAGUAGGAAUUUAAAUAUGGCUUUGAUUAAUAUUAACAAUUCUAAAUCACCUUUGUAUGGCAAUUAAUAUACUAGUGAUUUUUAUUCAAAACACCGUCAUUCUUUAGUUUGCAAAGUACCGUUAAAACAUGCGUAUAGGCUAGGAGUGUUUUAUCAUAUUUAAAAUGGGAGUACGCGAUAGUAUGUGUAUGUUAGGACUUAAAAGAGCAAUUUUUAAGUCAUAACAUACUAACAUACGCAGCACGAGCAUUUUAUUUUUAGUUCUGGUAAAACCAUAGAAAUAUUGGACUAUUAUGUCUAUUAUUUCUAUGGGUAAAAGUAAAACACUGCUACAAGUGUUUUGAAUAGCUUCAAACACGACUACAAUAGAUGCCGUCUCAUUAGUAUUCUUUAUAUAAAGAAUACUAAUUAGGAUGGACUUUUAUAUAAAGAAUACUAAAGGCUGCAUUCCAGUUACGCGUUUUUCAUACGUGCGUACACGCACGUAAAAGUUCAGUGAAUUCACUUUACAUCCUACUUAUGAAAUAACUAAAUUUAUAAAAGGAC